AGACCGCCCGAACCGAACUCCGCCAUGACUACCGUCCUCCUCAGGGGAACUUCCGCUGAAGACCUUCACAAUAAGAGAUGAAACAUCGUUACGUCAUACCUCCGCGCCGCAUUGGUCAGUGACGUCAUGUUUAAGUGACGCUCGGUCAGUUAUGGGCUGCUUUGAAACAGACUGCUUCUGAUGAAGAGUCUAGCGUGAGGCCGGCGUCUGGGUCGGGAGGAGCCAGCGCCGCAGGUGGAUGGUACGGCAGCCUGUCAGACUCCGCUCCAGUUCACCUGUGUGAGAACUUCCUGGUCAGCGCGCACCAGGUAACCGGGUUGCCAUGGUGGCUGAGCAUCGCUAUGGCAACAGCAUCCAUCAGGACCUGCAUCACCCUGCCGCUGGCCGCCUACCAGCUGAUCAUCAUUGCCAAGGUGGAGGCGCUGCAGGCGGAGAUCUCGGAGCUGGCGAAGAGGCUUCGAUUCGAGGUUUCACUCCGAGGGAGAGAACAAGGCUGGACGGACAAGCAGAGCAGGGUCCAGUUCCAGAAGAACCUGCGCCGUCUGGUUUCGCAGCUCUACGUCCGGGACAACUGCCACCCGUUCAAAGCCAGCCUGCUGGUCUGGGUCCAGCUGCCGCUCUGGGUCGGCCUGUCUCUGGCGCUGCGGAACCUCAGCCUGGACCGGCCAGCGCUGCAUGGCGAGCUGGCAGCAGGGGGUGCUCUCUGGUUCCCAGACCUUACGGUACCGGACUCCACCUGGGUCCUGCCGGUCUGCCUGGGCCUCACCAACCUGCUCAUCCUGGAGGUGUUUUCUCUGCAGAGAGUCGGAGCGUCGCGCUUCCAGCGACUGGUUCUGAACGGGUUCAGAGGGUUCUCGGUUCUGAUGAUCCCCAUCGCCGCCUCUGUCCCGUCGUCCUUGGCUCUGUACUGGUUCUGCUCCAGUCUGGUCGGGUUCGGUCACAACCUCCUGCUGCGCUCACCAACCGUCCGCAGAACCGUUGGGCUGCCGGCGCCGCAGUCCGAAACGCCGUACCGGGACCUGCUGUCAGCCUUUAUCAGCAAGUACUGGAGGUAGAACCACCUGGCCGGGUUCUACUGGUACCACACUGGUUCUACUGGCGGUUCUGCUCGGUUCUACAGUGGAACCGGUCCAGAGAACAUGGCUGCAGCUUCCUAAUCGGUCUUGGUUCUUGUAGAACCGGGCUUCAUGUGGGACUCUUUAAAUGUUCUGGUGAUAAUAAAGUUCUGUGGUUCUGUUCGUGUUCGCCUGUUUGUUCUGGGUUCUGGAGUUGAAAAUGUUCUGGGAAUCUUUAUUAAACAAUAACAGGAAGAAAACACUCCCAGCUCAGACUGGGAUGCUUCCUGUGUCCCAGACUGGGCGUCGGGGUCAAACUGG